CUGUGUCGACAUCCACGUCAUCGGCGCCAAAACAUGAGUUAUUUAUGUACUCAUUUGGUUUCUCUCUAGAUUUGGACCACACUAAUGAUGUACAGUGAUGACAUGGAAUCUCUUCCACUUCCUUGAUGACUGGUUAUUCAAAUUAAGUGAAGAUAUAUUCUUAAUUCCCAGAGUAAGGGCCUUCAACAUAAUAAUGAUUAGUCAUGUUAGCCAGUGGGGAGAAGAGUUCAGCUUGGUCAAGCAUCCACAGGGGACAGAGGUGAAGGCCAUCACUUACUCAGCCAUGCAGGUCCAUGAUAUUGAGAUCUUUGCCAUCAUCGAUAUCUGA